GGCCGCCGGGGCGGGGGAAGAAUGAGCCCCGGGACCCUGCGGGGGACGGCCCGGGCCAGGCCCGGGAUCUAGACGGCCUGGGGGGAGGGGAGCCGCCCUCCCCACGGCGCCGCCCCGGGACCGCGGGGACUGGAGCGCGCCGGUGCCGGCCGCCUCGGGCUGCGCCGUUUGCUUUUCCCCUCGCGUAGUGCAGAAGUGCGGUGCAGUAAGAUGUCCACGAGGACCCCGCUGCCCACGGUGAAUGAGCGGGACACCGAAAACCACACAUCACAUGGAGAUGGGCGUCAAGAAGUUACUUCUCGUCCUGGGCGCUCUGGAGCUCGAUGUAGAAACUCUAUAGCUUCUUGUGCAGAUGAACAACCUCACAUUGGAAACUACAGACUGUUGAAAACAAUUGGCAAGGGGAAUUUUGCAAAAGUGAAAUUGGCAAGGCAUAUCCUUACAGGCAGAGAGGUUGCAAUUAAAAUAAUUGACAAAACUCAGUUGAAUCCAACAAGUCUGCAAAAGCUCUUCAGAGAAGUAAGAAUAAUGAAGAUUUUAAAUCAUCCAAACAUAGUGAAGUUAUUCGAAGUCAUUGAAACUGAAAAAACACUCUACUUAAUCAUGGAAUAUGCCAGUGGAGGUGAAGUGUUUGACUAUUUGGUUGCACAUGGAAGAAUGAAGGAAAAAGAAGCAAGAGCUAAAUUUAGACAGAUCGUGUCUGCAGUACAAUACUGCCACCAAAAACGGAUCGUUCACCGGGACCUCAAGGCUGAAAAUCUAUUGUUAGAUGCUGAUAUGAACAUUAAAAUAGCAGAUUUUGGUUUUAGCAAUGAAUUUACUGUCGGCAGUAAAUUGGAUACGUUUUGCGGCAGUCCUCCAUAUGCAGCCCCGGAACUUUUCCAAGGCAAGAAAUACGACGGGCCAGAGGUCGACGUGUGGAGCCUUGGUGUCAUUCUGUACACACUAGUCAGCGGCUCGCUUCCCUUUGAUGGGCAGAACCUGAAGGAACUGAGAGAAAGAGUAUUAAGAGGGAAAUACAGAAUUCCUUUCUACAUGUCCACAGACUGUGAAAAUCUUCUCAAACGUUUCCUGGUGCUAAAUCCAAUUAAACGAGGCACUCUUGAGCAAAUCAUGAAGGACAGGUGGAUCAAUGCAGGACAUGAGGAGGAUGAACUUAAACCAUUUGUUGAACCAGAACUAGACAUCUCAGACCAGAAAAGAAUAGACAUUAUGGUCGGAAUGGGGUAUUCACAAGAAGAAAUACAAGAAUCUCUUAGUAAAAUGAAAUAUGAUGAAAUCACAGCUACAUAUUUGUUGUUGGGCAGAAAAUCUUCAGAGCUCGAUGCCAGUGAUUCCAGUUCUAGCAGCAAUCUCUCACUUGCUAAGGUUAGGCCGAGCAGCGACCUUAACAACAGCACUGGCCAGUCUCCUCACCACAAAGUGCAGAGAAGUGUUUCUUCAAGCCAGAAGCAGAGACGGUACAGUGACCAUGCUGGACCAGCUAUUCCUUCAGUUGUGGCGUAUCCGAAAAGGAGUCAGACCAGCACCGCAGAUAGUGACCUCAAAGAAGAUGGAAUUCCCUCCCGGAAAUCAAGCGGCAGUGCUGUUGCAGGAAAGGGAAUUGCUCCAGCCAGUCCCAUGCUUGGGAAUGCAAGUAAUCCCAAUAAGGCGGAUAUUCCUGAACGCAAGAAAAGCACAGCUGUCCCUAGUAGUAACACAGGAUCUGGUGGAAUGACACGACGAAAUACUUACGUUUGCAGUGAAAGAACUACAGCUGAUAGACACUCAGUAAUUCAGAAUGGCAAAGAAAACAGCUUGACAGAAAUGCUCAUGCAGCUAGCCCUACCUCAGUGCACUGCAUCUUCCACCUGUCGCCUGAGACAUCAGAAGCCAAUGUCCAUGUCAGCCUCUGUGCACCCCAACAUGAUGUUACCUCCAGUAGACAGUGAAGGACAUACCUUCGAGGCUGUUACUGUUCCUGAUCAAAGAACCCCAGUGGCUUCCACUCACAGUAUUAGCAGUGCGACCACUCCAGAUCGAAUCCGCUUCCCAAGAGGCACUGCCAGUCGUAGCACUUUCCAUGGCCAGCCCCGGGAACGGCGAACUGCAACGUAUAAUGGCCCGCCUGCUUCUCCCAGCCUGUCCCAUGAAGCCACACCACUGUCCCAGACGCGAAGCCGAGGCUCUACUAAUCUUUUUAGUAAAUUAACUUCAAAACUCACAAGAAGAAACAUGUCAUUCAGGUUUAUCAAAAGGCUUCCAACUGAAUAUGAGAGGAACGGGAGAUAUGAGGGAUCAAGUCGCAACGUGUCUGCUGAGCAGAAGGAUGAAAACAAAGAAGCAAAGCCGCGCUCGUUGCGCUUCACCUGGAGCAUGAAAACCACUAGUUCCAUGGAUCCCAGUGACAUGAUGCGGGAAAUCCGCAAAGUGCUGGACGCCAAUAACUGCGACUACGAGCAGAGGGAGCGCUUCCUGCUCUUCUGUGUCCAUGGGGAUGGGCACGCGGAGAGCCUUGUGCAGUGGGAGAUGGAAGUGUGCAAGCUGCCGAGACUGUCUCUGAACGGGGUCCGGUUUAAGCGGAUCUCGGGGACAUCCAUAGCUUUCAAAAAUAUCGCUUCCAAGAUUGCCAAUGAGCUAAAGCUGUAACCCGGUAAUUAUGGUGUAAAUUAAGUAGCAAUUUAAAAUGUUUUCCUGAACACUGAUGGAAAUGUAUAGAAUAAUAUUUAGGCAAUAACGUCUGCAUCUUCUAAAUCAUGAUAUUAAAGUCUGAGGACGCGAGCACGCCUGGGAGCGAAAGCUGGCCUUUUUUCUACGAAUGCACUACAUUAAAGACGUGUGACCUGUG